AGACAAACCCAUCUUACAUUCGCAGUUUGCUAAAAUCCUUAAAACCCAUCACCAUGUCUCUCUUCAGAACUCUCCUUAAACCCCAAAACCCUCACCAACCUCUCUCAUUCUCCUCCAUCUUCCUCAGACCCCUCACCUCACUCGAACCCACAAUCUCAACCAAACCCACAAAGCCUCUAUCCCUCGUAUUCAAAGAGGCCGUCGGACUAUCCCCGAAACCCGAAUCCUCCUCCGACACCGAAACCAACGACGACCCACUCAAACAGAGCCUGAGGGAGCUCAAACAAGAGUUCAAGACCCACCCAAAUGCCGCCCAAAUCAAUUCCAAGGCUGGCAGAAACAAACCCGAGAAUCCAAAGAGUCGGAUCAGCUUGUACGCCGUGUAUACGAAUAAGACGGCUGAGGGUGAGACGGGGAAGAAGGUGAUCAGAGAGAGUUCGGAGGUGUGUAAAGAGUUGUCGCCGGAAAUGAAGAUGGUGGUGAGCUAUUUGUACAAAGAAGGCUACUUUUCCAAUGCUACAUUCUCAUCUUUGUUUAAAGAUAAGUUGGACUUUGAUUGCUUUAAUAAUAGAUAUAGCCGUGGGUAUAUUAAGUAUGCUGCGGAGAAGUUUGGCAAAGACAAGCAGGAAAUUGUAAAAUGGUUAUCAGGGAGCGACUUGAAAAAGGUGGCUCUCCUUGGUUGUCCUUCACUUGUAAAAAAUAGUGUUUUUGCUGCUAAAAGAUUGCGCAAAUUCUUUGAAAUACCAGAAGAAACUGUUUGUUCAAAUUGUGUCUUGCGAGAAUCUUGCAAGUUUGUGAACAGAAGUGUGUGGGCUCCAACCAAAACCACGAAUGUGGGGAGAGGGAAUCCCAAGAAUUUAUACCUGGCUGAUGUUAUGCUUACUAUAAUGUCAUAUGCUUUGGAAUCUGUGCCUCCGCAGCUGGUUGUGACGGAGGAUAUAAAGACUUCUGUUGGUCGAUUGCUAAAGGAGAUUUUGAAGAUGAGUCAGACUACUACAGGAGGCACACUAGAUUGUUCAGAGUAGGACUGCAGGUCUACAGGAUUGAAGAAAAUGAACCAAUUUCGGUAAAGUUUUCGACAACUGGAUUGAGCAUGCACAAGUCCGUGAAUUUGAUUUAUAGAUGUCAUGUUUGAUGUUCUAUAUGCUUGUCUUGAUCUAUGCUCUACCUAAGGCCAAAGACUUGAAGCUAAUCUAUGACUAAUGCAAUUUCCGGAGGUAACUUGUCCUCUGUAGAAACCAUAAUCCAGUAUCCCCGUGUUAAUGUGAAACUGUUAUGUUGGAUCAGUUGGAUGGAUCACAUAUUCUUUCCUUA